AUGUUUGGGUUGGAACAUACCCCAGGGCGGGGCUCACUACAGUAUGAUUGGGUUGAAAUAGACCCUAGGGCGGGGCCUAUAUGUGUUGUUCGAGUUGAAAUACACCCCAGGGUGGGGCCGAUAUGUGCAUAUCGGGUUCGAUUAUACCCUAGGGUUAAGCCCACUUGCAUGUUUGUUAACAAAGAUUAUGGCAAGUUUAGGGGAAAAAUUUUGGAGAUGUAUCAAACCCAUUAUGUAGCAUUACUUCGAGAUUUUGUUGCUGUUGAAGAUAGGGCUAAAUCGUCUUCUGAAUUCCAAAACUUAGAUGAUCAAAACAAAGAAGCUCUUGAAGGAAAAGGAGAUAGCGACGAUGUGAAUGCAGAUGAUGAUGAAGAACCUCUUUUUCCGACAAGCAUUUAG